AUGGCGGUUGUCCAAUCGGCCUCAGAGCUUUUGGACUUACUAAAAGCCGAGACCAUAUCGGAUAGUUUAACGACAAAAAUAACAACUUUUAUUGAGUCUCAAGAUAAUGCAAACGACGAAUUGAAGACAAAAUAUGAGAGACUUCGUGUUGAUGCAGAACAAAAGUAUUUUGAUAUUGAACAACAGCUGAUCAGCAGUAACAACAAACUAGAGACUGAGUCAACAUCCAAUGAAGAGCUGAAACAGAGAGUGGAAGAAUUGGAAAGGAAAUACAAUGAGGCAGAGUCUAAAAGGAAAAGUUUACAAGAAUCUCAGGACAAUUCUUUAUCUACAAAUCUUCGUCUCAGCAAAUCAAAUGAACAACUGGAGCUGGACAAGAGAGAUUUAAGUGUCUUACUUGAGAAGAGGAAUAAAGAAAUUGAUAGAAUUAAUGAGGAAUGGAAGGAAUUGACUGAAAAGGUAUCAAGAGCCAACACAGAGAAAUGUGAAGCUCAAGCUAAGCUGGCAGAGGUGCAGAACGAGAACGUUACUCUAAAUUUUCAGAACAAACGGUUGGAGCAGGAAAAGAAUCAGAUACAGGGACUUUUAGAUCUGCUGGACAAACAGCUGUCUGACAAAACCAACGAGCUCCUCAAUGUCAAAAAGGAACAGACCUCCAGUCUUUUGGAAACUCAGAGCAAGUUAGAAGAAAAAUUUGGAGAAAACAAGUUCCUACAAGAAACAGUGGAAGCUCUGAAGUCAUCUCAAGGAGAACAAGCCUCGAAGAUUGAUGGGCUUAUCAGUAAACUGAAGGAGGCAAGAAAUGGAAUGGCUCAGUCAGAAGAUCAGUUUAACCAGGAACUGCAAGCCAAAGGUCGUCUCAUAGACCUGUACAAGACUUCUAAAGAAGAAGCAGAAAACAAAGUGAAGGAGUUGACUAGUGCUGUUGAAGAACUUAGGACCCUGUUGAAGGAAGCAGCCACUGCUCAUUCUGAACUUGAAAACUUGAAGGAGGAGGAAGCAAAACACUUCAGAGUGGAUAUUGAAAGUCGAGAGGAGACAAUUGAGAAGCUGAGACAAGAAUUGGUCAAUGCUAAUGACCUUCUAGAACAGACCAAGAAUAGAAUUGCCAGCGAGGACCAGGUAGAGAGUAUGUUUCCUACAGCUGCAGUCACCAGUAAAGUGCUUAAGUCUGGCAUGUCGCUCACACAGAUUUACAAUGAAUACGUCCAGGCCUCUGAUGCUCUUAUGCUUGAGAAGGAAGAAAACCAGCGUCUUAACCAGUAUCUCACCCAAAUUCUUCAGGAGAUAGAGGAGAAAGCCCCACUACUGAAGAAACAGAGACAGGACUAUGAAAACUCUCUGUCAAACAUAGAACAGCUAACCAGACAACUGGACUCCUCCAUGCUGGAAUCUCAAAACUUGCGGAUUGAAGCUGAUGACAUCAACAGGAAGUACAAUCACAUGCAGCGAGAGAACCAGAAACUCCAGCUUCAGACGAAUGACCUGUCAAAGCAGCUCCGAUACAUUCUGAAGGAGAUGGCCGAGUUACGAGGAGGACGUGUGGUUCGGGAAGUAGAACAGCCAUCUGCAGAAGUCAGUAGUUCAUCCCAAGUUAUCAGUGACAAACUGGUCACCUUCAGAACGAUAGAGGACCUACAGGUUCAGAACAUACGCCUGUUGACAGUGAUACGAGAACUCAGUGACAAACAGGAACAAGAGGAGAAAAUAGCCACUGACUCUAAGACGAAGGAGCUGAAAGAACAACUGGAAAUUGCCAAUGCAGAGAUACAGGAGUUGAAAUCUAGUCGAGAUAAACAAAUCAAAAUGGUGGAAAGUAUAGUGAGACAGCGAGAUAUGUUUAAAGUGCUGAGCCAGUCUGGGAUGACUGUGUCACAGUCCAUGACUGAUGGAAUGGAGAUGAUCACCCCGGUAAAGCAGUCUCCAGGUGUGGUGAGUCCAUCAUCAGAUAAGGCCUUACAGGACAUGAAAACUGCCCUGACUCAGCUACAGGAAGACUUCACUAACUACAAGAAGGAGAAAAAAGAAAAUGAAAAGAUCAUGGAGGAGGAGUUAGAGAAGUACAGAAGUGGUCUAUCAUCCAUGACUGUCCAGAAUGCAAAGAUGUCCUCCCAGGUGGAUUAUUCGGCCGAGAAGUACAAAGUGUUACAAGGUAACGCAGAGGGCUACAGGAAGGAGAUAGCAGCACUGAGGGACAAAGUACAGAAGUAUUCAGCUAGUGUUGCUAAACACGAACAAACCAUCAAUAUUCUCAGACAGGAUCUAAUGUUGUCUAAGGAGAACUUCGCCCGCACAGAUACCCAGGCACAAAAUCUACGCGUAGAGAAGGAGCUGUUGAAGCAGUCAGAGUUACGCCUUCUACAAGACGUAGAGUCGAUGAGACGGGAGAGACACUCUCAGGCCAUGCUCAUGGCUAAUCUUGAGGCCAUAAAGAAUAAUAUAGAGCAUUCUGAGUCGGAAACCAGAAACAGAUACACCAAUAAGAUUGAUGCUCUCGAGAUGGAGAACAGCAAUCUAACCAGAAAACUUCAGUCUGCCCAGGAUGAACAGAAAACUAUAACAACCAUCUUUGAGAGUCAGAUAAAAGAAAUCCGCAGUCAGCUGGAACAGGAACUGGAGAAUCAUGAAGUAGAUAAAAAACAUAUCAGAGUAACACAGCAGGAACUGGAGAGUGUAAAGAUCCAGUUGGCAGCAGCUGAGACAAAGCUAGUGUCAGCAGAGACGAGACUUGCUAAUACUUCAACCAAUGUCACAGAUUCCUCUGGUGGUAAUAUUGAGGCUGUAAAUGAGGAACUGAAGGACCUGCAGUCACAACUGGAGCAAUCCCAACAGACUAUCAGCAUGCUGCGAGAUCAACUCAACAAAUCCCAGGAUCAUAUAGAGAAUUACAAGGCCAUAGCUGAUGGGCUCCAGAAGACCAUGGAUGAACAAUCAACGGCCAACAACCAGUUUGAACAGAAGUUUGAAGAAAUGUUGGAAGCUAAGAAACAUGCUGAGAAGAGGACCGAGGAAUUUGAAAAGGAGCAUCAAGAUUUACUGAAUGAGAACAUUCGUGUUUCAGAAGAAAGUCACAAACUGAAUGCUGAUUUGAGGAAGCAGUUAGCUUGUCUACAGAAUGAGCUGCAGGAAGCUGUACAGCGACGAGAGGAUGCCAUUGCUAAAGAGGAAAAAGCCAUGCAAGAAUAUCAAUCACAAACAAACCUGGCUUCAGAGGUUCAGGAUAAGUAUCAGAGAGAACUUAUACUACAUGCAGCUGAUGUGGAAGCACUGACAACAAUAAAAAAACAGAUGGAAGAGUUCAACGAAAAGUUGGCUACAGAACAGGAAUGUCGUGUAAAAGCGGAGAAAAUUCUGGAAGAAUCACAGGGGUCGUGGGUGGAGCAGGAGAAAACGCUCAAAACAGAGUGCGGGCGUCUGCAGAAGAGGAUUCAGGACUUCUCUCAACAAAACAAUCUAUUGCAUCAACAAAUAGAGAAGAUGAGUCGGGAUGUAGUGGCUGUCCAACAAGCAGUCAGUCGCAGCGAGACAUUUUCCUCCACAUCUGAGGACACCGCUAAGUCAUCAGAACAACUGUUAGAAGUAGUGAAAUUUUUGCGUCGUGAGAAAGAAAUCGCAGAGACAAAGCUUGAGAUUGUGCAGUCAGAGUCCAAGACAGUUCGUCAACAGCUUCAACGUGUACAGCGUUCUCUUGAGGAAGCUAAUGAUGCUGUACGUGAGGAGAGGGAACAGUCUCAGACUAACUUACAGACAGCAGCACAGCAUGCUGAGUUGAUGAGGAAGGUGGAGAACCUCAACCUACUCACAGACAGUAAUCGUCUACUGAGGGACGAGAAAACCAAACUGGAGCAGCAGGUCCAGACACUGGAGGCCAAGAUUGUAACCCUUGAACAGAGCAUUGACCCCUUACAGUCCAGUGUUAGAGACUCUCAAUCCCAUCGAGAUGCCAUAGGAGCUGAGAGAGAUGCCCUGAAGAAUGAGGUAGAGAGAUGGAAGUCCCGCACAAACCAUCUGAUAGAACAGGCGAACAAGACGGACCCAGAGGAGCACAGGAAACUCAUACUUGAGAAGGAGACCAUCAGGAAAGAUGUGAUAAGGUUGACUGAGGAGAAUCACAGGACAAGGGCUGAAGUAUCCAGACUUACAAACAGUCUGACAGUGGCACAAAGAGAAACCGGUUCCAGCAAGCAAGAGAUUGAGAAACUGCAAAGAGAACUCAAUGCAAGCAAACAGGAGACAGAGAAAUUCCAAAAGGAAGUUGAAGUUAAAGUGGCUGAAACUGAAGCAAAGGACAAUGAAAACGAGGAGAAGACCAAAACCAUUAACCAGCUAAAGAAGAUUGGACGGAAGUACAAAGAGCAAGCAGAGGCUGCACGUAAGGAACUGGACGACCUUCAGGCCCAGCAAGCUGCCAAGAGUCAGGAACCAGCUCCACCUAGCAAGGAGGCCAUUGAACAGGCAGUGGGUCCUGUCCAGGAGAGGCUUACUGCCACAGAGAAAGAGAGAGAUGAACUUAAACAGAGGCUCGAGCAGACGACGACUGAAUCAAACUCAUCAAAGGAACAGUUCUCAAAACUUCAACAGGAGCUGACACAAAGUAAAGAGGAACAUACGAAAGUCAAGGAAGAGAAUACAGACUACGAAAAAAAACUCAACCAGUCACGGAAUGUCUUACAAGCAGCAAAGAAAAAGAUUGGCUCUCAAAACGAACAGAUAGAAAAACUCACAACAGAAAUGAAUGAUGUAAAACAGAAACUGGCAGUUUCUGAAAAACAGAUUGUGUCAGCUUCAGAAAAGAUGAAAGGGGAUGUAGAACAGCGCGUGAUGGCAGUUAAGUCAGACUUAGAAGAGAAACUUUCCAAAAUGGAGAAAGAGUUGACAGAAACAAGAGUAAUGAAGGAAUCGGCCGGCAACACCGUUUCUGAACUACAAGCUGUCAUACAGAGAUCCCAGGAAGAGAAUACAGAGCUACAGACCAAGAUACAACAGUUACUGAAACAAAUUGAAUCACAGCAGACCAAGUCUGUUCCACCGCAGCCACAGGUAGCUCGACCCUCAGCCACUGUCACGGUAGAGCGAGUCAGUGCGCCUACCUCUGAAGCUCCAAAGACAGCCAACAUCCGGCCAAUGGCAUCCCCCGUACCUGUAACACCUCGGACACAGCCAGCUCAGAUUCAGCCCCAAUCAGCUGCCACCAAAGCCACUGCCAGUAUUCGACCUAUGGCCAUUGCUCCAACAACAGUGGCACCAAGCAGUGGCCCCACACCAACAGCCACUGUCAUGCCAACAACCGUGUCUGUACAGGAUAAUCAGGAGAGUUCUCAAGUGUCCCAGCUGUCACCUGCCCUGGCUCGCCCCACCCAGCAUGUCCAGAGAGUUACUCCACAGGUGGAAACUGGCACAGAACAAACAGCUGUCAUUACGGAGAGUGAGGUAGUCAGUGGGCACACAGAGACAGUCGCUGUGGAUCCACAGCCUUCAACAUCAGCCUUCGACAACCAAGCGACCAGCGCUCAGCUCAAACGUUCACGUGAUGACAUGGAAGGACAUGACGAGGAAACAGAAUCUAAGAGAACAAGAGUGUCCCCAGACCAGCCAGGACUUCCAUCUAUCACUGUCACUGACGAGCAUGCCAACACAAUGUCCAUACCAGAACACGGGGGUGUGGCUACUCAGGAUCCUGAGGUCACAGGGUCAGAAGUCCCAUCAGACACUCUUCCCACUCAGAUUUUUGAAUCGUCCAUGGACCAGGUUUAUGAUAGUCAGGCCACGAUGACCUUUGAUACUCAGCAAGGACAAAGAGAAAUGACACAGGAAAUGACAGAGGAGAGGAAUGAGAUGGAGGAGGAGGAGGAGGAGGACGAUGAUGAUGCAGUUAUUGUUGUGGAGAGUGAUGAAGAAGAUGAUGAGGAAGCAGAAGAUUAUGAUGAGGAUGAUGAUAAUGAAGGAUACAAUGAGGAUAUGGGAGAUUACGAUGAGGACGACGAGGAUGACGAUGACGAACAAAUCCAGGAUGAUGAUUACCAAGAGUUACCAGAGGGACAGGACGAGGGGGGAGAAGAAGAGUAUCAAUCCGAGACACAAGCAGGAGAUAUGCACGACCCUGGAGAUGAAGGAGACGACGAAGUCGUCAUAGUAGAUGAUGAGGAAAAUGAUAACCAGAUGGAGCCACAGGAGCCAGAGGUGCCACCAGUGCCACAGGUAGUGGCACCUUCAGUACAGACGCCAGUCACACAGCGCUCACAGCUACCUUUCCAUGCCAUGGAGCGUCAGGUGUCCUGCACAAGAACACAACUUGCUCCGUUUGUACUAGCGGGUCAUGCUGGAGGGUUUGAGGAUGGUGAGGACUGUAUUGUUCCCAGCACCCCGACACUGUUUGUACCUAACAGAGGGGAUGGAGGCUUUGCGGAGGCUGUCAGCUCCCCACAGAUCCCACAUCAACGAUUUACUUUCACCAGUAACACAGAAGCCAUCGCUCACCAUGACCUUGGCCAGCUGGAGUCCCAGGAAGCUCUAGGAAUGGAUGACACUCAGGUGGACUUAUCUCAGUUAGAGGAAGGACAAGGACAUAGCGUACCUACCACUCCUAUCCAGCAAGCUCCUACAGUGGCAACAUCUGGAGAAUCAGCUGAUCCUAUUCCAGCAGCCAGUGUUGUGGACGACACUCUGACAACAGACAGUGGCCCCGAGAUCAUCACAACUGACACAGCUGGAGAAAGUACUCCUGACAUUUCAUCAUCAGCAGCCAAAGUGGAACCAUCGGAGGCGAGUGGGGGACCAGAGAGCGAGUCAGCAACAGCGGGGCCAUCAUCUGCUGGCAGUGACCCCCAAUCCUCUGCUUUUGGACAAGCUGUUGACAAAUCUGAUGCUGGAAAAGCUAAAAAGAUUCAGCCAAUAGUGUGGGAGCAGACAGGCAUGCAAAUACAAACGGUGUCCCACACCCAGCCGCCUCAGCAGAUGAGAGGGCGAGGAAGUAUACGAGUGGCAGGACAGACAAGAGGAAUGAUGCAACACCCUAGAGGUCACCGGGGUUACAAUAGGCCACGGGCACCGACACCACGAGGGACACGUAACAUGAGGGGUGGCAGAGGGGGUAAUUACAGACCACCAAUGUACUAGGGAGUCUUGCCAAGGUACUUGGAGUCAGAUUCACAAAGACAUGCAAGCAGAUCUUAGUUUCCAAGAUCUUGGACUUUCAAACUUCUGACAUCAAACAACUUCUGUUUUAGAUUUUAGUGUAGAGCUUUGUGAAUGGUAGAUGUAAAUGAAAAACGGCUGAAUUUAUUUGGUAAAGUGUAAUGAUAAUGGUUGUGUGAAUGAUGUCUAUAUGCUGGGCUCGACCAAGAAUUACAGGAUGUAACAAUAGAAAGUUUCAGUAGAGCUUCAACAAAAUAACAUUCUGUAUGAUACAUAUGAAAUAAAAGGAUGAAAUAGUUUUCACGAUUUUCCUACAGUCCUGCUGCAAUUUUCUGUUUUGAAUAUAGCUUUUGAUGUAUCUCUUUCAUGAACUUGAUUAUCAAUGGAGUGUUUUGUGCAACAAUAUUUGACAUUAAAAAUCGCUCAUCAUGUUUGACAUUUGUCAAAAUCUCUUGAAUGGUGACAUUUCUGUAUCUAGAGAUACAAAUCAGGCAUUAGACAAUACAUAUUGAUAUGUAGAAAGCAGUGUUUUGAACAAGUAACGUCACAGGAAAAGUAUUUGUGAUAUUGUUAGCGGACUGUGUAAUGAUUUAGAAUGUAACUUUGAUAUGACAUGUAGUGUGAGGGUCAAGGCCAAUAAAUAGUGAGAGAGACCGAUUGUAAUGUUAACUUAGAUUAUAAAUGUGCAUAAAUCAUGCUUCGUUUUCCAUUUAAAAUAUCAUUGAAAAAUAAAAACACACACAAAGAUUU